UCUCGGAGGUUAAAAGGGAAGGCCCGGCCAGGGGUCCCUGGGCAGAGGAUCCGGCGGCCCGCACGACCAGCAGGAACACUUCUGGGUCACCAUCUCCUCCUCCACCUCCUCCUCCACGACAACCAGCCCAGGUCCUGGCCAUGAGACCCCAGCACCUCCACCUCCCCGCCGCCUCGGGCGCCCGGGCCCCGGCCAAGCUGCUGCUGCUGCCGCUGCUGAUGGCGCAACUCUGGGCUGCAGAGGCGGUGUUCCCCCAAAACGUCACGGCUUUGGACCUCGAGGCCUCAGGCGCCCCGUGCGCGCGCGGCUCGCAGCCCUGGCAGGUCUCCCUCUUCAGCGGCCUCUCGUUCCACUGCGCGGGGGUCCUGGUGGACAAGAGCUGGGUGCUCACGGCCGCGCACUGCGGGAACAACAAGCAGCUGUGGGCUCGCGUUGGGGAUGACCACCUGCUGCUUCUGCAGGGCGAGCAGCUCCGCAGAACCACGCGCUCUAUCGUGCACCCCAAAUACCACCACGGCUCAGGCCCCAUCCUGCCGAGACGCACGGAUGAGCACGACCUCAUGCUGCUGAAGCUGGCCCGGCCGGCCGUGCUCGGGUCACGAAUCCAGACCCUGCGCCUGCCCUACCGCUGCGCCCAGCCUGGAGACCAGUGCCAGGUGGCUGGCUGGGGCACCACGGCCCACCGGAGAGUGAAGUACAACAAGGGCCUGAGCUGCUCCGGGGUCACCAUCCUGAGCCCCAGGGAGUGUGAGGUCUUCUACCCGGGCGUCGUCACCAACAACAUGCUGUGUGCGGGACUGGACCAGGGCCAGGACCCCUGCCAGAGUGACUCCGGUGGCCCCCUGGUCUGCGAUGAGACCCUGCAGGGCGUCCUGUCCUGGGGCGUUUACCCCUGCGGCUCCGCUCAGCAUCCGGCCGUCUACACGCAGAUCUGCAGAUACACCUCCUGGAUCGAGAGAACCAUUCGCUCCAACUGACCCCGCGACUCCUUCCCCAUCUCACAUCCUUCCUGACCCGCGACUCCUUCCCCAUCUCACAUCCUUCCUGUACGGUCGCUGGACGUUCCCCCCUCGCCCCACCCAAAGCUCUGCCACCCAUCCUUUCCAGCCAGCACCUCUCCUCUUCCCGCAUCCUCCUCCCCGCUGGAGUGCAGGAAGCGGGAGCCCGAGCGAGGCCGGGAAGCCAGCCUCUGAGAGAAGUUAUCAGUCGCCCAGCCUGGCUUCCUCGACCACCGUUCUCUGCUGUGUGACCUUGGGCAAGCCAGAGACCUCUCUGGGCUUCCGUGUCCACCUGGAAAAUGAAGACAAAGAAGUGCCUACCUCGUAGACGUGUUGUGAGGAAACCGUGAUAACGCGUGUGUAUGUGUGUAGAUCAUGAUGGUCAUUCUCAGUAAAGCAUGACAUGGCA